AUGCCCUCGAUGAACUCUCGUCGCUCCAUUGCAUCAACCGUCUUCAAAGCGCUCGCUACGGACUCUCGACCAUGGCACCUUACCCGAAAGCUCAGGAGCGACAACCACCUCGACAUGCAGGGAGAGUUGAAGGGGAUCGCUACAUUUAAACCAGCACACUAUGGAACAUCCGAUGAUGCGAGUGACCUUGUAUAUGAGGAGCGAGGCGAGAUGCCUGAUCCGUCUGGCCGUAAUAUGGCUGUGAUGAGCUGGUCACGCAAAUAUCUGUGGCGUUUAUCAGAUUCCAAUCUGAGUGUUUGGUUCGUUAAGGUCAACACGAAGGCCGAGAAGGAGACGCAAAAUGGCCAGACUGAGGACUUGCCAGACUAUCUUUUCCAUCAGCUACGGUUUACGAGUGAGGGUGAGGGUGAGGCGCUGAGCGAAGAUAGCUCUGCGAUAUCAGAUCUCGUUCCGCCGCCAGCAGCUUCAGGCGAAGAGACGACGGUGCUUUUCGCCAGUGGAAGUCAUCUUUGCAUCAACGAUAACUACGAGACUACGUAUGCCUUUCGAAUUACGGAGCAUGGCACCAACCGAGUUCAUAGCUGGACCAGUAGCCAUUUGGUGCAAGGCCCGAAGAAGAAUCAGCGAAUCGUGAAUCUGUAUACCAGGACAACCCAAGCCUGA